GGCAGUGUGAGGUUGGUAGAUGGUGACAGUCGCUGUGCUGGGAGAGUGGAGGUUCUUUAUAGAGGACAGUGGGGAUCAGUGUGUGGUAAUAACUGGGAUAUGAGAGAUGCUGCAGUGGUGUGUAGAGAGCUGGUCUGUGGAGAAGCUGUAGAUACAUAUCAUGAGUCUUACUUUGGAUCAGCAUCAGGACCAAUCUGGAUGGAUAAUGUGCACUGCAGUGGCUCUGAGUCUACACUGAGGAACUGUGAAUCAGCAGGAUGGGGUAAACAUAACUGUGAUCAUUCUAAAGAUGCUGGAGUCAUCUGUUCAGGAGUCCGGGUGGUUGGUGGUUCUCACUGUUCUGGGAGAGUGGAGGUUCUUCAUGGAGAGAGCUGGGUCACAGUGUGUGAUGCUGACUUUAACCAGCAGGAUGCAGAGGUUGUGUGUCGAGAGCUGGGCUGUGGUUCUCUUGUGGAGGUUCUGGGAGCAGCUGCUUUUGGUAGAGGGGAGGGUCCGGUGUGGUCAGAGAAGCUUCAGUGUAGAGGAACUGAUUCUCAGAUUCACUUCUGUCCAAAAACAUCUUCACUCAAACACAACUGCUCCCAUGAUAAUGAUGUGGGACUGGUGUGUGCAGACAGUGUGAGGUUGGCGGAUGGUGGCAGUCGCUGUGCUGGAAGAGCAGAGGUUUUUCACAGAGGACAGUGGGGAACAAUUUGUGGUGCUGGUGCAAAUUUCAUAGCGGGUUUUGUCAUGUAUAAAGAGUUGGGCUGUGGAGAGCCGUUUAGGACUGAUGCAGCUGUUCCAGGAUCUGCACCGAUCUGGAUGAGUCAUGUGAAGUGUACUGGAUCAGAGUCUACACUGAAACACUGUGGAUUAUUAGGGUGGGGUGAACACAGCUGUAAUCAUAAUAUGGAUAUUGAGCUUACCUGUUCAGAUCACAGGACAUCCAGACUUGCUGAUGGUCCUCAUGUUUGCUCUGGGAGAGUGGAGGUUUUUCAUGGAGCGUCUUGGUUCACAGUGUGUGAUGCUGACUUUGACCAGCAGGAUGCAGAGGUUGUGUGUCGAGAGCUGGGCUGUGGUUCUCCUGUGGAGGUUCUGGGAGCAGCUGCUUUUGGUAAAGGGAAGGGUCAGGUGUGGUCAGAGGAGCUUCAGUGUAGAGGAGAUGAAUCUGAGAUUACUCUCUGUCCAAUAACCUCUUCACACAAAUACAACUGCUCUCAUGGUAAUGAUGUGGGACUUGUAUGUUCUGGUCAUACUCAGGCUCGGCUGAUGAACGGCUCAGACUCUUGUUCUGGUCGAGUGGAGCUCCAGUACCUCAGUGAGUGGGGUACAGUGUGUCAUGUAAGCUGGGAUAUGAGAGCUGCCAGUGUCCUCUGUGCUCAGCUGAAGUGUGGGAGUUCUGUGGCUGUGUUGGGGUCAGACUGGUUUGGGGAGGGGAGUGGCCGGAUCUGGGCGGAUGUGUUUGAUUGUCAGGGGAACGAAACACACCUGUUAAAGUGUCUCAUUUCAUCAUGGAGUCGAACUGCAUGCUCUCAUAAACAGGAUGUUGGACUCCUCUGCAGUGGUUCUUCUCUGGCGUCUCAUGAGGGUGUAGUGAGAUUGACUGGAGGGAUGGAGUGUGAGGGGGAGGUAGAGGUUUUCUUCAGGCAGGACUGGAGGAGAGUUCUGCUGGACUCCUGGAGUGAGUCUGAGGCCUCUGUGGUCUGCAGACAGCUGGGCUGUGGUUCUGUACUCAACACCUCCAGCUCCUCUUCAUCCAGUCCUGAACACAGCUACAUGUGUGUGACGGGUUUCAACUGCUCUGGGAGUGAAGCUCAUCUGAGGAACUGCAGCAGCUCACAAGCAGUUAACUGCAGCUCCACGGAACAGCUCUACAUCACCUGCUCUGGCUACAGCUCCAUCAGGCUGGUUGGUUCUGGGGGAGACUGUGCUGGAAGGCUGGAGGUUUUCCACAGUGGAUCAUGGGGGACAGUGAGUGAUGAAUUGUGGGAUAUUGAGGAUGCGCAGGUGGUCUGCAGACAGCUGCAGUGUGGAGUCGCCCUCAGUGCUCCAGUACCAGUACCAGCCCGGUUUGGAUCUGGAACUGGACCCAUUUGGCUGAAUGAGGUGGAGUGUGAGGGGAACGAGGCGUCUCUGUGGAACUGCAGAUAUCAGCUGUGUGGAGAGGAUGAAUGUGGACACAAGGAUGAUGUAGGAGUCGUCUGCUCAGGUACAGUGUGCUGAUUGCUGGUGUUCUUACAUUGAACACUUCACCUGUCAGACCUCUAAAUUUUCUCUUCAGUGCUGAAAGUGAGACUUAGUUAAACUGUUAAAAUAAGACUUGUUAAACCAAUCUAAAGUUGUUGCCAUGUGGGUCAGCCAGACCUCUUCCUGUACCUUUUUUUCUUGUUUUUUUGAAUGUGUCAGAAUGUAU